AUGGAAGAGAAAAUUCCUCUAGCGCAGUAUCUCUUUCGACGCCUCUACCAAGCUGGCGUGCGGGCCGUCCAUGGGGUCCCAGGCGACUAUAGCAUCUAUGCCGACAUGACCGUCAGAAUCACGGCGGCUCGAGAAAACCUCAUCGAUGAAGCCACGGCGACGGCUCAGAUCGAUCAUGCUCUACGAGAGUGUGUGCUUCAGUCCCGACCUGUGUACAUCCAGCUUCCAAUCGACCUUGGAAAUGCUGGUACAUCGCGAUAUGGCGCGGUGGUCGAGGCCAACGAGCUUGCACGUCGCAUGGGGAUUGUAACGUGCACGAUGUUCUUUGGGAAGAGCAUCAUCAACGAGACUCUUCCCAAUUUCCACGUUGUGUACGCAACGGCCGGGCCACGGGUGAUCUCAUCUUGGGUGAACCAGUGCGAUCUAACUCUUUAUGUUGGACCUCGGGUGAGCAACAUCAAUACGUACGGAUUCACGACGAUCCCGCGCACGGAGACUGCCAUCAGCUUUGAUCGGGACUCAGUUAUGAUCUGUGGUACCACGAAAUACAAUGUUCCCCUCAAGGCACUCCUGCGCGCGAUGCUCGAUCGGCUCGAUGCUGUCCAGCUGCCCACGGACACACCCUGGUCCGUCGUUCCCAAUCCACGCCAGGAUCUCGCCGCCUUACCCCCGGCCGAGCCCGCACAUGUACUGAGCCAUGACAUCUUCUGGCGGCGCAUGUCGCACUUCUUCCGUCCCGGGGACAUUGUCAUGACAGAAACCGGAACGUCUAGCACAGGCAGGCGGGAGUUUGUGCUGCUCGAUAACACCCAGCUGAUCAAUUCCAGUAUCUGGCUCUCGAUAGGGUUCAUGCUACCAGCCGCGCAGGGGACUAGCCUGGCCCAACGCCGUGGGAAGACGAAUGGGCGCACAAUCCUGUUUGAAGGCGACGGCAGCUCCCAGGUGACAGCGCAAGAGCUGAGCACGGCCAUCCGCAAGCGCCUGGAUCUCAUCGUCUUCCUGAUUAACAAGAAUGGGUACACCAUCGAGCGCUUGAUCCAUGGACGGGACGCGGAAUACAACGAUAUCGCCGUAUGGCGCUACCUGGAGAGUCCCAGUUGCUUCGGGGCUCCUGUUAAUGGCUCCUAUAACGUGCAGACUGCUAGGGUGGCUAAUUGGGGCGAGCUUCAUGCGCUGCUUGAGGACAAGGCUUUCCAUUAG